CACAUUUCACAACUCUAAAUCAUGUUGGGAAAAAAGUUGGUGACUGCACAGAAGCGAGGGGAGACAAGAGCCCUGUGCCUGGGACUGGGAAUGGUCGCGUGCUCCAUGAUGAUGUACUUUUUUAUUGGGAUCACCAUUGUGCCAUUCUACACUAAAAGUGUCUGGACAACAGAAACUGUAUGCAAGCUGCUCAAAGCCAACAUCAAGGAGAAAGUUCUCUGCCCAAACAACGAAAGCUCAGAGGAUAUCUUUCCUUAUCCCUGUCUGCAGGUGUGGGUUAAUCUGACACCCUCAGGACAAGAGGUUAUGCUGUACCAGACUGAAGAUACACUGGAAAGAAAUCCUAAGUGCUCGUACAUCCCAGGCAAGUCGGAGAACUCUAAAGACGUUAAAGCACAAAUAGAAAAAAUUGCAAGCAAUUUCAAAAAACAACAGACUUUCCCGUGCUACUACGACCCAGAAGGAACGCAGACCACUGUCAUUUUAAGCAGACUUUAUCCCCCGAAAGGUCUCCUUUAUGCUUUCCUUUGGCCUACACUCAUGUUUACUGGUGGAUGUCUGAUUAUUGUUCUGGUAAAAAUUAGUCAGUAUGUUUCCGUUCUUUCUGCUUGGCAGUAGAAAAUAAAUAUUUAGCA